CGCGCGCCUCAGAAGUAAGCGAGUCGUUUUGAGGAAGAAGUUUAUCUUUCGAUUUCUCCACAGAUCAUUAAAUCCAGCAGCAGAUAAAGUGAUGUCAUGGCAGCUGCAGAAUCUGUUACUGAGGAGGAGACACCACUAAAGCGCAGCUCCAGCUUUACCUUCCUGCCACCAGACUUCUUUGGCCUGAGGGUGGUGCUCCUGGGUAACAAUGGGCCUGAGAGAGCUGCAGUGGGAAACUUCAUCCUACAAACUGAUGCCUUUGAUAAAGGCUGGAAUCACUGGGGGAGAGUUGGUAGGACUUUAGAGGAGAAAGAAAUCGCUGUCAUCAAUGCGUCUGAUGUGCUGCUUUCUGAGAUGUCCGAUAAGAAGCUCACAGAAGAAAUAAAACAGUGUGCAGACUUGGCUGCUCCUGGACCUCAUGUAUUCCUGCUGGUUCUCCAGACUGAAACCUUCAUUGAAGAACACAAAAAGAUCUUCAGAGUCCUUGAACGUUUCAGUGAUCAAUCCUAUGAUCAUUCACUGGUGCUGAUAUUAAACGCCACACAGUCGGGUUCAACAUCCAGGAUUAACCCGUCCUUAAGAGACAUGAUCAGGAAGUGUCAGUACAGACACCUGCAGCGUAAUGAACUUGAACAUCCUGAGCUGUUAACACGACUGCAUCAAAUAGUAAAAGAGAACAACGGAGAUCAUCUCAGCUAUGAACCAUUUCAGGAAGCAGUGUCUGGUGAUCCCAGUGAGCAUUCAUUUCUCAUACAAAAAGUUACAGGGGUCAUGGAGGCGGUUAAACGUAUAGGAGCUGCUUCAUUUCUGACAUCUCAGACACCGGCACUCAGAAUUCUGUUGAUUGGGAAAAGUGAUAACAAGAAGAAUCGACUGUAUAACAUCAUCACCAAGAAACAAGGUUCUGGUUUUCAAAAACCACUGAUAGCCAUACGAACUCCAGACAUCUUCAGUCUGUCUGUGGAGGCGGUGAGAGAAAAGCUGAGGAGCUGUGUGGCUCUUUGUUCUCCGGGACCAAAUGUUCUGCUGCUGUUGGUGAAACCUUCAGAUUUCACUGAAGAAAAAAGACGAUCAAUGACGUUCAUCCUGAGUUUGUUUGAACCAGAUGCCUUCAGACACUCAGUGGUCGUCAUAACACACAAAGAUACUCAGUCACAGACUGUGAAUCAGCUUCUUCGAGACUGUGGGGGAAGAAAGUAUGAAAUGUUCAGAAAUGAUCACAAUCUCUUGAUGGAGACGAUGCAGAAUGUUGUUGAUGAAAACAAAGAAACCUUCCUCACCAUGACUGAAGACCUCCAACCAACUUUGAACCUGGUUCUGUUUGGGAGAAAAGGAGCAGGAAAGACUUCAGCAGUCAGAACCAUUUUAGGUCAGACAGAACUUCAGUCAGACACCAACUCAUCUGUUAUAAACAAGGGGUUGGUGACUGGACGUCAGGUCUCUCUGGUGGAGGUUCCUGCCAUGUUUGGAAAAACUGAGGAAGCAGUGAUGAAAGAAUCAUUCAGUUGUGUCUCUCUGUGUGGUCCUGAGGGUGUUCAUGCAUUCAUCCUGGUCCUCCCUGUGGGUCCCCUCACUGAUGAAGAUAAGGCAGAGUUAGAGAUCAUUGAGAACACAUUCAGUUCUGCGAUUCGAGAUUUCUCCAUGAUUCUGUUCACUGUGGAGUCUGAUCCAAGAGCACCAGAGUUUAAAAGGUUUCUGAAGAGCAUUGAGAACAUUCAGGAACUCAUUCAGAGCUUUGGAGGACGGCAUGUUGUCUUCAACACCAGAGACAAACAGCAGGUUCCUGAGAUCUUGGCUGCUGUGGACCAGAUGAGACCCAAAGGAUCCAGAUCCUUCACAAUGGAAAUGUUUGCAAAAGCUCAGAUGAAAGAGGUCAUAAGACUUAAAGCCCAAAUGCAAAAUGUGGAACAGCAAAACUGCAUGGGAGGUAAUGGUGACAGUCAGAGCAGAGAGUGUAUCAGGAUGGUGCUGAUUGGUAAGACCGGCAGCGGGAAAAGUGCCACUGGAAACACCAUUUUGGGUAGAAAUUGUUUUGAGUCAAAACCCAGCAUCAGGUCAGUGACCAAGUUUUGUGAGAAAGCAGCUGGUGAGAUUGAUGGACGGCUUGUUACGGUUGUUGAUACUCCUGGUUUGUUUGACACGACUCUGUCCAAUGAAGACGUGCAAGAGGAACUUCUGAAAUGCAUCAGCAUGUUGUCUCCUGGACCUCAUGUGUUUUUACUUGUGAUUCAAAUUGGUCGUUUUACGAAGGAGGAACAAAAGGCUUUGGAACUUCUCAAAGACUUUUUUGGUAAGAAAUCUCAAGACUUCAUCAUUGUUACAUUCACCAGAGGAGAUGACCUGGGGAAUCAAACAUUUCAGUCUUUUCUUGAAGAGGAACAUGAUGACUCGCUCAAAAAACUGAUUCGUGACUGUGGUGGCAGAUAUCAUGUGUUCAACAAUAAAGACAUGAAGAACCGCACACAAGUCAGCCAACUGUUAGCUAGAAUCAAGACAAUGAUGAGCAAGAACGACUACAGCUGCUACACCAAUGAGAUGUUCCAAGAGGCAGAGGCAGCCAUCGAAAAAGAGAUGCAAAGAAUCCUGAAGGAGAAGGAAGAAGAGAUGAAGAAAAUGAAAGAGGAGCUUGAAAAAACACAUGAGGAGAAAAUCCAACAAAUGGAAAGAAGAAUGGAAGAACAGAGAGCAGAGACUGAAAGAGAGAGAAUACUGAGAGAGCAACAGUUCAAGAAAAUGGAAGAAGACCUCAAAAAGGAACGCAAGCAGAGAAAGACUGAACAGCAGAAGAGAGAAGAGGAGGACAACAACAGGAAGAAAGAGGAGGAAGAUAAAAGACAGGAGUGGAAACAAAAGCUUGAUGAUCUGGAGAAAAAAAUAAAAUCUGAGUCAGAGGAAAAAGAAACAAUUGACAAAAAACUGGAGCAGAGUAGAGACGAGAUGAGAAAAGAACGAGAAGCUUGGGAAAAGGAAAGAAAAGAAUGGUGGAACAAAAGAGAUGAAGAAAAUGAAGAGAGACGGCAGAAGGAGCAGAAAAAACUGAAAAUGCUCCAAGAGGCAUAUGACGAGGAAAGAGAGAAAUAUGAGAAGAAAAGAAGAGAGGAUGAUCAUAUCAGGAGAGAACGAGAAGAAAAAGAGAGAACGGAAGUGGAGGAAAACUUCAAGAAAAAAGUGGAAGAACUGAAGAAGAAAUAUAAAGAGGAGGCCAGAAAGCAAGCGGAGGAGUUCAAUGAAUUCAAAGCGAAAUACACCAAAGACUUCACAGCUCUGGCAGAAAAACACAUGGAGGAAAUAAAAGAACUGAAGCAAAGACACGAGAGACAAAUAAACAACACCACAGAGAGACAAAAGAAAGAAUGUUGGCUGCUGAGCGAGCUGUCGAGCCACAAAGAGAAACAACUGAAAGAAGAAAUUGAUGAUUUGAAGAAAAAGCACAAGCAAGAAGUUAAAGAACUGGAAGAAAAAUACAAAACCAAAUGUAUCAUCCUGUGAUUUCUUUUUUUUUUUUUUUUUUUUUUUUGGUCCCUUAACAUGACCUUCAUCACGCUCACAUAACAUCUGAUUUCAACACUUGAGUAAAGUCCAGGGCUCAGUUCCAGGAAACACGGCUGCUGACGUCCAGGAGAGUUGUUGGUUUCUGACAACCCGGUCUCACUGCAGCUCGUGGGACUACGUUAUGAAAAGUACAUUCAUCUAUGGGUUUGUGAAGGGGCUACAAAAAUGGGGCAUUUUUCAUAAUGGGGGCACAAAUUC